UUCUCUUUCUUCGGGGUAGCCAGAAAGGGAGAAGAAAAGCACCUCCCGGAGCUUAACCCAGUUUCCUGCUGAAAUGCUUUGGCUGCAAAGCUCUAAGCCCACCGGCUGCAAAACAGGUGGCUGCAGGUGCACUUCAAAUUUAAAAUAGGGUUAAACACAAGUGUUUAAGGGGACUGCUCGUGCACGGCACUGCAGCAUCAUGCUGGCGACUGUUAACAGCAAGUCAGGCAAACUGCGGGUGAAUUAAUCCCUGGGUGCUGGUUUCCUUGUCCUGUCCUGGUGUCGGGCAGUGGAAAAGGGGACAGGACCCUGCGGUGCUGGCCUUGCUGCAUGGUGGGCAGUGGGCAGCGGGAUGUGCUGGGGACCCUGUGCCGCUCAGCAUCACACAGGUCAUGCUGCACUCCAGUGGGUGACAGCCUAUUGCCUAGGUCACUGAAAUCCAGCAUCCUGCAGGCACAGGAGGAUUUGGGAGCCAAGCAGCCUGGGGCUUGGGGAGAGGAGGGAAGAAGGAGCCUUGGUAAGCAGCAUCCUGCAGAGCCAGAGGGAUGUUCCCCAGGAUGAAGCCCUCCAUCUGGCCCAUCCGUUAUGGGCAGUGGGCAGCAAAGUUCCUGAAAUACUAAAUAAUUCCGUUUUUAUUUUGCUGUUCUGCCUGAGGAUGCAAGCUAUUGAAAGUGCUUCACCAAAAUAAAUCCCUGAAGUGUUUCAGGGCUCAUUCAGCCCCUGAAGCUGCAUGGACAAGAGACCUGUGGUUUUACAAGCUGCAUGCUCAGAGAUUUACAGGCUCCCUUGACAACAAUUUUGGCUCUGCAGCUGGGAUUUUUACUCCCUGAAGACAAACCUCAGACUGGAAAGUGAUUUUUUGCACCCUAAACACUCGGUUAAAGUAAACCGAGCGAAUUCCAUCUCUCCUUUUUAAGCCCCAGACUGAAUGCGUGCAUUUUGUUGUGCCAGUGAGUGGUGAGAUGUGCAUCAGUGGGUCAGGGCAGGAGCAGGAGACGUUGGGAUGUCGGGACUGCAGGAAAGUCGUGAGGAUCUUGCUCUUUCUCUUUGCUCACGCAGUGAUCUUGCCUGGUGCUGGGAGACAGUGGUGCUUUGCUGCUGUCACGCAACAGGAGCCCCACAGCUGUUUUAUUGGUAAAUUAAGGAAGAUCACAGGAUGUUUCCCACCAAAUUUCUGCUCCUUUCCAGUGAAAUGCAUUCAAUGUAAUUGUGUGAUCAGUUUCUGCAUUUCAGCUAAACCACUAAUAAAACCACAGGAGUUUUGCAAGAAUGGAAUGCAUCUCUCCAGUGUCUGGCAAUGCCCAAAACAAGCUUGGGGGGCAGGGAGUAAACACAUUCUUUGUUUGGGGUGAUCUGCAGCCUACCUCACCUGUGGCUGCAGUCCUAAGGCACUGUGCAGGACAGAGGUGCUCACUCUUGGCAGACUUCAGAGGGUUCAUUUUCCUGCUGGAAAAUGGGAAUCCUGGAAUUGCCUAAGCUGCUUCUGACAGUGGUAGCUUUGGAAACUCCCUGCCAGCCAUGCGGGAGCUGAAGUGACUUCCUGCAAAGUGAAGUCUCACAGCACCCCAGCAGAGCACGAACCUGCACUUGUGAGAUCAGACAGAAAGCUACAGACUGAAAACUGCUGAAAUAAUGCCACAUUUCACACUGAUGCCUCCAAGGGAGCUGAGUGCAAUGGCCACAUAGAUGAUUCUCCCACAACAGCCCCUGGGGAGAUGCACUCCUCUCCCCAGUUCACUCUGCUGGCUGCUCCCACCCCACUGUUCUCUCUAUCACUUGUGGAAGGGGCAUAAAGACCAAUGGUAUUCAGUACUUCUCCUUCCCCAUACAUUUUUCCAGCCUCCAACUGUUUUCUGCUCAGGGGAUUUCCUGACCCUGAUGUGUUUAACUAUUCAGUGGCUAGCAGAUUCCUCUCUUCAGCCUGCAUGGAAUCUCCCCUAUGUCAAGGAUGCUGUGUGCAUGGAGCCAUCUCCUCCUCAAUGCUGUGAGCUUUCUCCUGGCACCCCCCGUCCCAUUUAGGGCUGGUUCCUGGCCAGACAGCCCCCACCCAUUCUGUCUGACCUUUCUGGAUUACAGAGACCUCCAUAUGUCCCUCCAUGGACUAGUUUUUCCCACGUACAUCAGCUUUGUGGCCUCAUGGACUUAUGCUUCCCAUCAAUUACCCAUGUGUGUUUCCAUGCUAAAACUUUCCCUUUAUUUCUGUGACUGCUCUGGUAUCUUUGAUACUUGGCUAAAAGUAGACCUUAUGCCAGUAGGAAAAGCUAUAAAGUCUUGUUAGUCAAACAAAAAUAAGAUUUUUCCUAAGAAAACUGCAAUGGUCAGGAAAAAACACAGGGCAAUGUUGUUGCUAGAAGCAACCAUGGAAAUGAGUCUUGGAGUACCGUGUUGCUAGAAAGUAAUCUGAGUGCAGAACAAGAAGUAUUUGCAAUCAGGUGCUUGCACUGACAAGCAAUUUGCCAGCUAAUUACUGGCAUUAUCAGUAGGCUUUGUUGACUUUUCUAUAAAAAUGACAUGACUUGAUGAGAACUAAUCUGUUCUCUGAAGUGAUGGAAAUAGUGCACCAUAAACCAGGAGUUGCCAGGUAGCUGCUCACCCAGCUCCAGGUCUGCCUGUGCUCCAUCCUACAAAAAAGUGAAUAUAAGUCUGCAGAGUAGUGAUCCCAGAUUUAAAUAAUGGUAGAUAUUUCCAAAACUGUUGCAUGCAAUGAUUUCCACCAAGAAAAGUCCAAUUAAUCAAAGGACAGAACUCUCCAAACCCUAAAGCUGCCACCAUAAGACAAACAGGAGAGAAUGUGUGGGAAAAACAACAGUAAAAAUGAAAUCAGUGCAAAUGAUGAUCUAAUAACAACUGUACAGUUCAGCUACCUGGCUUGGCAAUUGGGCAGCACGAACAACACUUGAAUCCUGUGUGGAAGUUGCAAUCCUCUGUUCCUCAAAUAGGCAGUGAUUUGUGUUGAUCUGCAUCCUGCAGGAGACAUACACAUCCUGAAACACCCUGCAGGUUCUCUAGUCGUUUCUAAGAGACCACUCAGGAGCAGCAGCCUUGAUUUGCUUUUUGUUAGUAGAGGCCAUGGAGUGGAGGAUAGAUCCAGAAAGUAACUGGAAGUCAGGUAGGUGGAUUUUCAUACUGCCAUAUGAAAGUUUGCUAAGGGCACAGAUCACAGUUACAGGGGAUGGGAUGGUUUUUCUCUGCCACAACAAUUCAAAAGCAAACAGGCCCUCCUUUGGGAACACCUAGCUCUGCCCUACUUACUUGGAAAACAGUCGGUUGACUGUUCAGUCCUCUUUCUAUACUCCAGUUUUCAGAAGUUCCCGAAGAGAAAAGCCGUGGUGUAAGUUCAUUAUCAGCCUACUGAGCUCUUCUCAGGCCAGUCCCUAGCCCUUGCUUUGCUGACUGCUGUGGGUCGGACCUUCACCUGUGUAAACACACAGGCUUUCAGUGGGGCUAUAAUGAUUUGAACAACCUCCACAUUUAAGCUAGUUGUCCCAGUCCUUCCUACACAAUAACCCCACUGCAAAAAAAAAAGGAGGUAUUUCUAGAGACUGGACACCUUUGGAUCAACAUGAUGACCAGCACCGUGGCUGUCACUGCAUCUAGGUUUCCCGCUUUUGACCAAAUGCAUCUAGGUCAUACCCCUCCUAUGACAGUAAGUUAUUUUUAAUUUCCUCAUCCCACAACCCCCAGGCUGGUUUUCUGCAUUGGUGGGACUUUGUAAAAAGGAGCUAUUUCUGGGCAGCAUCCAAGUCUGCUCCUGCUCCCUAAUUUAUGUUUGUCUGUAACUGACAGCACCUCAAGCUGCUUACUUGAGUUAAAUUAAAAGUAAUGCUCCUAUGAGUGAUCUCACAGGGCUGUGUUUUGUGCCAGGCUACAUCUGCAGGGGAACCUUCCAACCUUAACUGGAACUUCCCUCUGUUUUGCCACUGUGUCUUCUCAUUUCUAUCAAGUCCUGACCCUCAGUAGGAGAUGGAAACAAACAGCACAGGAACAGCUUCCUCCUGUUCAGAAAAGACAUUAGGCCAUGUUUUAACUCAUGGCAGUAUAUGAUAGCUUCAGGCAUCUCAGCAAAUUGCUGCUGUUGCUAUGAUUAAUUCCAUGAGGGUCCCUUCAGCCCUCAUCCACCAUCUUUCUGGACUGCCUGGUUUUGCAGAUGUGCUACAGCUAGUCAGUAGGAGUGCCUCAAUUUAAGAUUAGUCCUGAAACUGAGGCCUGGUGGUCAAGGGUUUGGAUAGAAAAGGGUGGUAGCUGUGCAUUACCAAUGUCAGGCACUGGAACAGGUACUAGCAAUGAGGUUAGAUGCUAUGCUUGCCUGAAGGAAGAGGGCUAGUUAUCAGUACUAGGAUAGGGACUGGUGGUGUCCCCAUCACCAUAAUGAUGUCUGCGAACCUAAAGAUGGCUUUCUUUGCAUUCUCUGGUUAUUUUCCCUUCUUUUGGGCUGGGACCCUUUCUGAUAGAAGCUGGAAGCUCUCAUAGAAGUGUUUAGAGUGAGGACAGAGACCGAAAUUGCUGGCAGAGCAACUUGGGAGGAUGGGACUCUUCUAAACCCUUAUCCUCCCAAUGCUCCAACACCAUGGAGGGACCUAAACCUGGGUCAGAUGAUAUCCAGGGAAAGUUAAGCAAGGAGACAAACACAGGUAAAAUACACAAGACCAGCGUGGGCCAGCCUGUGCUGCUGAAUGCUCCAUAGCAAUGUGAUCUCAUUCAGUGGUGAACAGUAGAGCCAGACUCACCUGAGCAAGUAACGCUUUGACUUGCCCCACCAUUACCCAGGCUGUGGCACUGCUGCUGCAACAUUCCCUGGCUGCAGUGCAUGUAUAAGUGCUGCGCUCAGUAUGGGUAGAAGCAGCAGCCUGAAGACACUUCUCUGAGCUGUGCUUGCUGCUGCCUGGUUGACUCAGGAAAACCCACUGCUGUGGUAGUACCCAAGAAGACAUGGGAGCUCUCCUGGGUGGCGGGGGAUUCACAUGAAGCAACCUUUGCAGCAGAUGCUGCGGCUGCACAGAUGGCUGCCCGCCUUCCAGGACAGGUAGAGGCAAGAGAAGGUGGAUUCCUCACUGUGACUCCACAGUCAUUUCCCCCCCAGAAAAAAAACAGCCACUUGGCAAGAGAAAUGAAGCUAACUGAGGCAUACUGUAAGAGCUAGGAACCUGACUUUGGCAAAAGAAGCCAAAGUCAAUGUUGGUUCUGUAUUUCCAGGUUCUUUGCUCACCUGGAGUGUUUUGGAAAUCUGCACUCACUCUGCUCUGACUUAUCCCCUGCCCCUGCAGAUCCGUUAAAGGGAGAGACCAACCCCAAAUUAUGUCCUAAAUGGCUUUGAUCAAGCUCUGCAGGCACUGCUAGGAAAGAGCAGACACUUUCCCAGCAAUAGUGGGGCUACAGGUAACUGAGGCUCUCCUGAUGGCAUUACCUUAAUUAGGAAUGUUGCAUGGAUUUUGCUGCCAGUCCUGCAAGGAACAGCAAUCCCAAGGGUGGUUAUGACACAGAGAGGCAGGGGACUGCAUUGGCUUGUUUUUCUUUUUUGUGACCAGGCAGAGUGGCAGUGUCAUAGGAGGAACAAGCCGGCAUCGAGUGCCUUUGCUAGAAAUUGUUUGUUUUGUUCCUAAAAAUAUAAAGAGGCCAAAAUGUUCAAGCACAAGCAGAUCAAAGCAGGCAUCUAUUCCAGUACGACUGGUAAGGCUGGCAUUUUCCAGAGAGGCUGAGCUCACAUCCCCAGGGUGUAAGCUGGAUACCAUGCUCUGCAUGCUCCAGGUUAACAUUUCCAAAAUGCUAGCACCGACGGCCUCAUUUGCAGGGCUUCUAGGACUCCACAGUUCUGGGGGAAAAAAGUCAUUUUCUUUGUGACUUAGGAGGCUCAGUGCCUGAUAUGUAUCCCAAGGUAAAUGUGUUUCUGCUUUCUUGGUGGCUGUAUUGCUUAUGACCUGUGGGGUCACAAGGACUGCUUCCAGUUAGCUUUACCUAACCAUAAGUGACUCCCUUAGCAAAGCAUCAACCUCAGGAAAGCAAUAAUGUACUAUUAGCAGAUGGUGAAACAAAACAAUGGACACAGGUUCUCAUCUUGAUAGGGAUCACAUGAAUCAAAGAAUCACCUUGUUUGAAAAAAACUUUCAAGAUCAUAAAGUCCAGUAGGGUCACAAGGAAAAUUCUGCUUUUGGUAGCCAGCUUUACAAGAUCAAUACCACGAGAAGCAGCACCAUCAGUAGGGAAGAUGCUCAGACCACGUACACUACUGAGGAGAUGUACAGAUCUCAAAGGAAAGCACACUGGCUGCAGUGCUGAGCUUCCCUAGCUUGCAUAUAUUUCCUUGGCAGAUAGGCUGGCCUGGAUAUCCAGUCAAUUAGUCUUUGGAAACUGAAAUCUGCAUAAAACUGAGAAAGUUAGUAGAAAAAGGCAGCUUGAAAGGGCAAGAGGCUGGUUGGUAAUAUGGAGUAGCACGAUGAUCUUCUAGAGAGGAAUGUACACUGCCAGGGACUGUACACAGGGAACAAAACAUAAAUCUGCAGCAAAUGACAGUCUCUGGUGGACUAAACAAAACUGAAUACAACAUUUUUUAAACUUCAAGGGGGUAUGUAAACUGUUCCUUAAAGCAGCCUCAGCAGCAAAGGACUGGGUUGUGGCAAUUAUGUGAAUCUUGAGAAGGAUCCUUGCACAACCUGGGCAACGCAGGUCACUGAGUUUGACUUGGACAACAUGGAGAGCUGAUCUGGACCUUGCACUUGUAUUUGCAAAAGGCUUUGAGAAAGAUCCUUCUGCAAAGGACCUUAAAAAGUCAGUUCUUACAGAGUGAAGAGAGAUUUCACCCACAGGCUGGUAACUGGUUAAAGGGGAGAAACAAAGAGGCGGAAUAAGUUGACAAUGAUCACAGCAGAGUGAGGUAUCUGCAGGCUCUGACAAAGAUCAAUGGCACGGUGAUCUUGGGAAAUGGGGUGAAUAAUGAAGUAAUAAAUUUUGCUGAUGGCACAAAAUUACUCAGAAUAAGCCAAAGUGAGGCUGGCUGCAUGGAGCAGCAGAAGGAGCUCAUGAUUCUGAUUGAGCAAUAAAAUGGUUAUUGAACUACGGAGUCGAAAAACACAAGGUAAUGUACAUGGGAAAAAUCCUUUUAAUCAUAGAUACCCAGUGAUGCUCUCUUAGCUAGCUUGUACAGCUUGGGAAGGAAGCACUGGAGUGCUUGCAGAUAUCUCUCUUGAGUAGUCUCUUUAUUUGCCUGAUUUUUACUCUCUUCCCCUACAAGCAAACACUGAUGCCCAGUGUUGAAGACAGGAUGAGGUGCUCAGAAAAUAUUUUAUCUGACCCAUUAGGUUCUCGUGUUCACCUGUUACAUUUUUAUGUAGCUCUCAGUUCAUUACUUCUGAAAUUAAUUUCUCUCAGUUAAAAUGAAGCAAAGUGUUUCUGAGAAUCCUGCGUUUCAGCUCCUAAAAAUAAACAGAUUGGUGGCAGGAGGGGUGGGGAGCAGAUUGUAUUUAUCCCUUUGGAUUUUCUAAAGAUUGUGGGAGAUUAAUUGAGACAUUUUGAUAAAUGAGACAUUUCUGCUGCCAUUGGAAGCCAGCAGUAACCUGUCUUUGAGGCAGAAGUUCAAGCCUAAGAUGCACUGAACGUUUUUAUCCAGCCCUCACUAAGAAAUAAAGAGGACUGGGCUCAUGUGCUACCCAAAGAUCUCCCAAAAAUUUACUUGCCAUUUAGGAACCUGCUCUUGGCAGGAAUUGCCUGGGUUGGUGACUGUCUCAGGUCCACAAAACGCAAUUUGCCAGCAUGGACACAUCCAGCUUCCCCCCAGAGCAGGUGGAGGAGCUGUACCAUGAUUUCUGCCUGUCUCUCACCAUGCAUUCGGACCCGACCAAAAAGCCCAAGGCUGUUCCUGAUUUAGCAGCCCAUAGACACUAUUAGUCUAGCAGACCCUUAGAAUUUCCUGAAAGAAAACACAAGAGUUCUUUUAAGCUAUUGUCCUACUCUUGCUAUUGUGUACCGGCUCCUGUUUACACUGUCAUUUUUUUCAAGUACUGAGCCAAAUAAGUGCUGCCAAAGAAAAGCAUUGUUCCUUGCUUUGGGAGGGGAAAUUCUGCAGAAACAGAUGUUUAGAUAAACAUCGGUCUUCUUGUCCAAUACUGUUUUUCAGUCUUCUCUUUACACCCAAAAGUGUAUGUUGACAGGGUUUUAAAACCGUGAUUCCUGGGGAAGCAUUAAGAAGUCACUGCAGAAGCUGAAAGUUACUACUUGUUAACUGUAAUUAAGUUAUAAUAAAAUAUCUCUGAGAACGUGGAACCUGAACCACUUCUUUCUAUCCCUCAAUCUGCAACUUAGGCAUAAAAUACAAAACAGGAAGGAGCUGCAUCUGUGUCAGCAACAUAUGGUUUUGCAUUUAACAUUUUGCUCAGGAUGUUCACGGGACACACCUGUUAAUUUUAUACUGAAAGUAGGUAUAAUUGUCCAGCUAACAGGAUGAUACCCAUCCCAGCUCACCAGAAAUGCUGAGACCCAUUGCUACUAAUGGCAAGAAGCAACUACAGAAAUUGUUUCAAAUGGCGUGUCUGCUGUGGGACAGCAGCAACAUCUCUUAGAGGGACCCUUAAGAAUGGUAAACUCAUGUCUGGGGAGUGCAGACCAAUGUCAGGAGUACUAAAUCCAAGUUUAGUUUGAUCUUUAUUCCAAGUUGUGUCAGCCAAGUACUUGCAGACUUCUAACAGGGUAUGGUUUUAUCCUAAUGUUCCUGCAAAAGCACAAGAAGACACUGGAACAAUAGUGUAAGUGGCCUAAUUGGCCCAGAUGGAUAGCAUUCAGGGAUUCAAGGGUUUCAACUGCUCUUUUUUAUAUGAAAAAAAAAUGAACUAGAUAAGGGUAAAAAACAAUCCAAAUCAUCCAGUUAUUUUGGAGGGAGAGAAAGAUGGGUACCUUUUUCAAGCUAUCAUCAGUUAAAAUACAAAUUAAAUAUGUAGAGACAGAUAUUUCAUGAAAGUACCGUUUCCCAAGGACAGUGAGUUUUUUUCCUGUUAGUUAUGUAGGAAUUAGUUGCACAGUUCUGUCAUUGUUUUCUUCCCUCCAGUAUUGCUCCUCACUUUCUGUGCACUCUGAAUUUUAAAGAAAUGUCAUUCUGAGGAAUCAGGAGGCCAGGUGAAUGGUUUAUGUAGCCAAGCCCACCCAGGAAAGGUCUGGUGGGUUACAUCUCCCUUCCCAGGGCUUUUACAGUGCUUGGCGCUCCGAUGUGUUUGCCUUGGAGAUGUACCAUAUUAAACCGUGCUCUGGUUGUACUGCAGUAGCAGAGGGACAAGGCUUCCUCAUCAGGAACACUCGGCUGGAAAAGUGCAUCCAUGUCUCCCACCACGAGGCUGGCAGCAUCGGCCUGGCUGAGUGCAUGCCGCACUCCCAGCAGCAGUGGUGGAGCUGGGACCCCACCACUGGGACCAUCACCAGCCUCCAGACCAAGCAGUGCUUGUCAGCCCACAAGAUGCGGGAGUAUGCCCUGGCCAAGAUGGAGCCCUGUGGGAACAGGGAACACCAAGUGUGGGCCUGCAGCAAGAAGGGGCACUUGACUCUGCAAAGCUUGGGCUUCCACCUCAGCACCAAGGAUGGGGGCCACAAGGUCUUUGUCUCGAGGGAGAAGGACAAAUUCAGCAGGUGGAAGACUUUGGAGGAUGAAACCAUCUGUGCUGCUGCCCAGAGAGCCGUUCUGAGGCCUGCUGAACCAAUGCGAGGAGUUAUAGACACGCGGGUGUGGACAUAUGAAACUAAAACCAUCGAUUCAUCAAAGACUGAUGCCAUGGAGUGGGAAUCUUCUGUGGGCUUGACUGACCCACCUCUGGUGAAUAAAUUGAACAGCACGGUGGUUCCUGUGAGGACCAAACAGGCAUACCUCCAAGAACAUGAGGAUGUGUCAUACAAUCACUCUAAAAAGCAUCAUGGAAAUCGAGGGAAAACCACUGGGGCUAGGCUCGCAGGCACCAACUGGAAGACAGCAAUGCUAGUCCUCAGCCCCUUGGCAUUCAUUCUGGGAUUAAUAAUACUGACACUCAAUGUUCAUUACAACAAGAAGAAGAAAAUCCUCUCUGCUCUGAAGAACCCCCCAGGCAGCAGCAGCAGAGCUGACUUACGGGAGACGUCUCCCUUAGGAAGAUGCCCCCAGCCAUACCUUCCACCAUCUCGUUCCCCUUCCUUGCGGCAUGGAGAGAUACUCAUUGAGUGGAAGGACGGAACUGUCACUCCUCUUUUUGACAAUGCCAACUAUCAGGUGGACUAGCUCUGAAAUAACACAGCUGCUGUUUCAUUGCUUGUCACUCUUCACCAUUCUCACCAAGAAGAAAGUGUCCAUAGUGAGCCUCCUGCCAGGCAUUACCAUUUUGGUUGAGAGUUGUAAGAGCUGUUUUUUUUUUCCCUUCUUUAAACACUUGAGAACAAUCAAUCACCCUAUGCAGCACAAGGUUGAAGCAAGCAGCAGACUUUUGUUUAGGCACCCAAUGCCUAAACGCUUGGCUUUUCUAGGUAACAAAGCCCAAAUUUAGCAAAAUGAAGCUGGCAUCCUGCCAGCUUAAAACGCCCAUUGUCCUGAAUUUCUAGUUACUGAGUAUAUGAGAAAGUAAAUCCUUGGAGACAGUAUAAUGUGAAAACAAAAGCUCUGGUGAUCUUUAAAUGCUUUGAUUUUUAAGUUUAAACUAGCUGCCAACAGUCACAGAAGGCUGUCAAUUACUUUGUCAGUGUGUGAACUUAACUAAUAAGCACUGUCUUCAGGACUAGAAAAUAAGCCUCCUUCAGAUAACCAGCCAAAAUACUCCCCCCCCAAGUUAACACAGCAAACCAUUUUUUAAAGUUAAAAAAUUGCAUUCCAUUUCUCUCUGCAUCACUGCAAGAGUCCUGCUGAGUGCGUAUCUGUCUCUCAAAAUAUUUAUGUAUUUAAGAUGUAUUGCACCUUAUUAUAAUACACAUACUCUUCCUUUAUGUAUAACGACAAGUUAAUGGUGCUGCUUAUUGGGGAUAUUAUCUGACCAUUUUAUAACAGUUUCAGUCUGAUUUCCUGUAGUCACAUGGAACAGUCAGUGAGUAGAUAUGCUGCUCCCAUCUAGAGCAGAAACAGUUUUUUGUGUUUUUUUUUUUUCCUAGAAAGACACUCCUCAGCUUCUACACUUCUUCUUGCAUAAUUAUCUGUGACCUGUCAUGCUCAGUUCUGAUCUUUAUUCAGUGAAACUUGCAAUGUCUUAGAGUGUUCCUGAUAUUCAUGAAUUUAUGCCUUCUUUCUUGCUGAUCUUGUGAUGUUGUAAACUGUAAUCACAGCUAUAAAUCAGGAAAUAUUUGGAGAAAGAAAUACUAACACCAGGAAAUUACAAGUAUGAGCUGAACUAUAUUUGUUCAGUAGUGCAAGAGAAACUUACAUAUUUAAACAAACUCUUCUCUUUUUUCUAAGUAAAGAUAUGCAAUUUCAGUGGAGCUUUGACUUCACAAAAUCACAGAAUGCUGAGGUUGACAGUACCUUUGGGUCCACCUGGUCCAACACUCAGAACAGGCUGGCCAGGACCAUGUCCAGGCAAUGGUUGAAGAUCUCCAAGGAGGAGACUCCACAACCGCUCUGGGCAAUGUGUGCUCAUGCUCUGUUACUCACACAGCACAGAAGUGUUUCUUGAUGUUCAGACAGAACCUUUCAUGUUAAAGUUUGUGCCCGUUGCCUCUCAUCCUAGCACUGUCUACAACUGAAAAAAAGCCUGGCUCUGUCCCUUUGGCCUGUCCCCUUUGCAGUUCUCUACAGUUUGCUUUUAUCUAAUCUAUGGCAGACAGAAGUUCUCCAAGGAAUUCGCCUCUGAUUUUCUUUUUUUUUUUUAAACACAGACCCACAGCCUAGUGAAAAGUGAACUGCUAUAUUACUAAGAACUUAGCUGGUCUCAAAAAAGAAAAGACAAACCUUACUGGUUCAGAGCAUAAACUCACAGAGGUUGGUUAUAAAUGUCUUCCCCAGGCAGAUUAUUGUCUAAUUUUUUACUGGAGCAUUUCCCAGACGCUUCUUGGGAAAAUACUUCAGUUCUAGACAUGGGCAGAAGAAGAACUCUUUCUUCACCAGUAACCAAAAAACACAAAUGACGUUCUGAAUUAAAUUCUGACUUUCCAACACUUCCCUUUAAAAGAAAUCCAAAGACUUUGUGUACACUUUUAAGUCAAGUUUCCAAAUGUGUAAGCAUCCUUUUACGCACAAAAAUUAUAGGAAUACGUUCUGUACACACAUUGCUCAAAAUGCCCACAAGAAUGCCUCACCAAUUACCUCAUUUAUAUUCCUUUUAACUUCUCCUUGCCCAUUUAAGAUGCUUGAAUUUCUGUCUAUGGAGCAUCCUGUCUUACAGUGCACAGCACUUGUUAACCUCCAAAAUGUUGAAGCACUUUGGGAGCUACACACAGAGCAAUGCCAUUAAAACACAUAUAUGGAGUUCAACAAGUGCUGUGCUUUCCAGAGCAGCAAAUGCUUGUGUUCACUACUGCCAAACGGGCAGAACAGAUGACUUGUUAAAGAUGCUCUGUAAUUCAUACUGAACAUGCAAAUCUUUCCCAUAAACAUGAAGGCAAUAACACAACUGUUUGCAUAGUACUGAUUAAACAGCAGCUUAAACAAUAAUGUAAAAAAUAAAGACUGUGAAACAGCACAGGCAUCUGUUUUCUACCCCUCCCCCUUGCUGGUUGUUAUCUUUUAAAUACUUCUCACUGGUUAACUUAGAUUACAUGCCAGAGACCAAAUUUUCCCAGAUAUGAGCAGGGGAACUGAAAAAUGUGGCUUUUCAUCAUGAGAGGUCUCAAAGAUACAUUACUUGGAUGUCCACCAGGAGACUCUGAAACAGUUGAUUCUCCUUUGGGUUGGGGAUGGACCAGGUGAUACUGGGAGACACCUUCCACCCUCUGCUUCCAUCCACUAGCUGAGUAACACUUAGAGCAGUUGCACAAACCUGCAUGCUGUUCACUCUCUGCCACUGCCUGAAUGUAAUGCAUUUAUACAGUGUUCACAAUUGAAAUAAAACUUCCACUGUGAAGUGGAAUAACACUGAA